AUGUCGUCUUCUUUUCCAGUACCCAUCAAAUCUAGAGAUGAGGGGCAUCUACGGGAUCCAAUCUCCAGAUCUCCUUUCAGUACUUCAUUCAUAUCUAGCUCACCCAUAGCUCAAGAAUCCCUUGCGCGCGAUUUAGCAGAAUACCCCGCAGAUGAGGGAGAAGCAACAGAACACAUUGAAUGUACCAGCUCUGGAGAUGAGUCUUCAGAGGCUUCUACAAUUCGACAAUCGGAAGCUCAACAUUCAAUGACGCACUCGUAUCGACGGCCGAGUUUUGUGGCAUUCGGUGGCACUCGUCCUGCCGUUACACCCCAAUUCAAAGAAACAGCGUGGUUGACUCGGAAGGAAAGACACGAAACGAGAAAUGAGGAAAGGAGUCUACUGAGGGACAAUCAUCUAGCUCCUCCAAAGCACCCCGAACCCGCGAAGCGAAGCGCUUUCAACCGAUUAUACAGGAAAUUGUUUAGCACAAAAAUAUCAAAGCCAAUGAGCGAUGAAGAGGCUGGGGCACCCUCGGAGACUUCAGCAUUGUUGCCAAACGGACAGCAUGAGUCUGCGCGUUCACGUCAUGAGCGUUUAAACAGACAGUGGGAAGAAGCUGUAGCUGCAGGAAAGAUUAAGACGACAUGGCAAAGAGAGGCGAAAACAUUAGUAAGAUAUUCGAGUCCCUUAAUUGUGACUUUCGUCCUCCAAUACUCCCUUACUGUCGCAAGUAUAUUCACAGUGGGGCAUCUUGGGAAAGUAGAAUUGGGCGCUGUUAGUCUAGCUAGUAUGACUGCGAACAUUACUGGAUAUGCUAUCUAUCAAGGAUUGGCUACAAGUUUGGAUACGCUUUGUGCACAAGCAUACGGAUCUGGCAGAAAAGGUCUAGUUGGAUUGCAGUUACAGAGAAUGGUAUGGUUUCUCUGGGCCUUGACUAUACCAAUUGGAAUAGUAUGGUUGAGUGCUGAGAAAAUCUUGGAAACCAUCGUGCCAGAGAAACGUUCCGCAGAACUGGCAGGAUUGUAUCUACGAAUUCUACUACUUGGGGCUCCCGGAUUUGCACUCUUCGAAGGCGCGAAAAGAUUUGUACAAGCACAAGGAUUGUUUUCUGCCACAACUUAUGUUUUACUCAUUUGCGCACCUCUUAAUGCUUUCAUGAAUUGGCUAUUUGUUUGGCAGUUUGAAUGGGGGUUUAUUGGAGCUCCAAUCGCCGUUGCUGUGACAGACAACCUCUUACCUCUAUUACUAUUUCUCUACGUUCGAUUUGUAGAUGGAAAAGAAUGUUGGGAUGGCUUCACAUGGAGAGCAUUCCACAACUGGGGUCCAAUGAUCAAACUCGCUCUUCCUGGUCUCGUAAUGGUAUUAGCAGAGUAUUUGGCAUUUGAAGUUCUAACUCUAGCAUCAAGUUAUUUCUCCGUAACUCACCUUGCAGCUCAAAGUGUUCUCACUACCAUAACCGCUUUGACUUUCCAAAUUCCAUUCUCAAUAUCCAUUGCAGCUUCAACUCGCGUAGCUAAUCUUAUUGGCGCCACUCUUUCAGAUGCGGCUAAGACCAGCUCGAAAGUGGCUAUCUAUGGUGCCUGUAUAGUUGGUCUAUUCAACUUCACACUCAUUUCCUCUCUCCGCAACAUUGUCCCACGCCUCUUCACCGACGACAUUGACGUUAUAAACAUUGUCGCUAGUGUCCUUCCUCUCUGUGCAGCAUUUCAGCUUUUUGAUGCGCUAGCAGCAAAUUGUAACGGAUUACUAAGAGGAUUAGGAAGGCAAGAGAUAGGUGGAUAUGUCAAUCUUUUCUGUUAUUAUGUAUUGGCUAUGCCGAUCAGUUUUGGCACCGCAUUCGGACUAGGAUGGCAACUGGAGGGACUGUGGUUGGGUGUUGCGUUGGCGCUAGGAUUGGUAGCCGCAAUCGAAGGUUGGUUCUUGAUGAGGACUGACUGGGCGCGUGCGGUGGAGGCACCACAGGAUCGAAACGCAGCAGGAUGA